AUUCGCGCUAGGUGUAGACAACUUUAGUCAGCAGUCAAUACAAGGUUUCACUCUCGUAAGAGUAAUUUUUAAAUUAUUCUAACUACUGAAGGAUACCAUUGGAAAAUGUCUAAUUUAAUGAUAUUAUUCUUACUACUGACUCUAAAUUAUUGUUUUACUCUUGACUGUUUACAAAACAAAUGUAAAAAUGGAGGAUUAUGUGUUCAAAUAGAGGGAAAAACUAUAUGCCAGUGUCCACCUCCAUUCUAUGGGGCUAUAUGUCAAUAUAGGAGUUCUCGAGGCAUUUUUUGCGAUGAAGGAUGGAAACUCAGUACUACACAAACGUGUUUAAAAUAUUUUGAAAAGCGAUUAAGUUUUAAAGACGCUUCGUCGAGUUGUAUUGACUCGGGUGGAUGGCUUAUGGGAUUGGCGUCGAGUUUCAAAGAACCUAAUACAUAUUUGAAUACACAUACAAAAUUACUGACAGCUUUUACUGAUGUUUCAAUAUUUUUAUCGGAUACUAGAAUUUGGUUGGGUAUGGAAAAUCAUGACGAAAUUAUAUACUCAAAGUAUGAAUAUCCUAAAUUCUAUGGAAAGUCUGGUGAAGACGAUUUUAAUGGAUAUUAUAUUAAGUCUUUUGAUUCCAUAAAAACAUGUAGCUAUUUGGAAGUAAACAAAUUUGGACAAAGGCCUUCUUUAAAUAGCAUAUAUGACGUUGGAAGUUGCAGCCAUUUAAAGAGUUACAUAUGUGAAAAAUCACUUUCAGAAUUUACCAUCCUUGAAAAAACAAAAUUCUGUCCUGAAGGAUGGUACUAUUCACAAGAUUUUAACGCAUGUUUAAAGUAUAUACCAACACCUCUCCCAUUUCAGAAUGCAUCUAAUGCUUGUAAACUUGAAGAUAGUCAUAUUUCUUGGCCAAAAUCACUUAAAUUUAAUAUUAUGCUGACUGAAAUCAGUGUUCUAACAGAAACGGAACUAGGAUGUGGACUAUACAGCCCUUGUAAGAAUGGAGGGAGUUGUUUUUUAACAAAAGAUGGAUUUAGUAAUUGCCUCUGUCCUAUCGAUUAUACUGGAAAAUUUUGUGAGAAUUCUCUUGUGAAAAACGUUUGCGCUUCAAAUCCAUGUGGUGAUGGUGGAAUUUGUAUUCCAUUGCCAACAGGAUUUAGCCUGCCGUAUGUGUGUAUUUGUCGAAGCGGAAUAGCCAUGUCUGAAUGUUCAAAUGAUAUUUGCUCUUUGAUUAGUCCAUGUGGUCAAUAUGGAUCAUGUGUAACGGAUCCAUCAAAAACUUUGGGCUUCAAAUGCUAUUGCACUAGCAAUUAUGAAGGUGAAUACUGUGAAAUCUCGAAAGUAAUCAAGGAUUGUCCUAACUAUUCAUGUGGAUCAUAUAAACAGUGCAAACUAAUUCCGUCACAAGGCCUUGACAUCACGUGUGUUUGUCCUGCUGGACGUUAUGGAGAUAAAUGUGAAUUAGCUAUUCCUACAGAUCAUCCAUGUAAAACUAAUCCAUGCAAGAAUAAUGGACUUUGCGUUCCAAUAACUCCUUACAAAAAAGAUUACUAUUGCGCGUGCCAAAGUAAAUUUUUGGGAGACAAAUGCGAACAAAGAGAGGUGCAGAUUCCAGGUUCUUCACUAGUUUGUAAUGAGGAAACAACAACACAAUGCCCUGUUUGCAGUGUUAGUGGAAAUCUACAGGAAUGUAUGAACAAAGUUGAUUUGGCAAGUGGAUGUAAAUCAUGUUCAAUAAUCCACAUGAAAGAUGACAAGACUGGUAUGGAAAGAACAAGCAUUAGAUGCAAUCAGAAAAGCUGUAAACAGCAAUAUACCUGUUUAACUUCACAACCCAAAUGUGAUACUCAAGAAAUAUGUUGGGGACCAAUAGAGUGCCAACCACCGAAUGUCUGUACAACUGAAAAUCAGCAUGGAAAGGGCUGUAAUUAUGUGUGCAGAUGUGAAGGUCCUUGCGAAGAUUCAACAGGUACAUGUCUUACUGGAAAAUGUAAAGUUGAUUGGUAUGGCACCAAAUGCGAUAUCAAAUACACACCUAUCGAAAUUUUAAUUGGAGUUAGAUUGCUUCAAAAUGAAAUGGUAUUUACAAAUGGUGCAAAAAUCGAUAAAAGCAUCUUAAAUGAUAUGAUAAUAGACAAAAAAAAUGGUAAUUGUUUUAAAACUACAAUUAAUGGUGAUUGGAAAAGCAUACAAUGUAAUGAAAAGCAUACUUUUGUUUGUCAAAAAAAGCCAAACUAUGAUAACUUUGAACAACUUGAAAUUAAAAGAACAAGCAUUUCAACAAUUAAAGAUUUAGGAAUUGAAUGUGUUAUACCCAAAGAUAUUUCCAAAUUAUCUAAAUCUGUUUAUUGGAGGAAGGAUAAUGGAUAUUUUUCAUUUACGAAUCCUAAAAAUAGAAUUAAUACUACUAUACUAUUAGAUAAUCUAAAAGUACUGAAUGGGGAUCCAUUAAUUUCAUAUUCAUCUUUAGAAGGAUCUUACAGCUGUGUAAUAAAUUUACCAAUGAAACAGUUGACGUCAAAACCAAUACAAAUUACUCUAAACGAGAUCAGAGUUGGCUCAAUAGUAAAGUUCCAUACUUCACCAUCAAUCUCAUAUGCUUCAGAUCUAGGUGUUACCUUUACUCUUGAACUUAGAAAUUUAAUAAGUACUUUCCUAUUAAGUUUUAUUAAGGAUUCUGUAACAAUUGAGGUUGAUCUGAAAGAAGUUAGAUCUGGGAGUGUAAUAGUUGAAAAUACUAUAUAUAUUCAACAGAAUAUGGCUUUGUAUAAAUAUAAUUUAGAUUAUAUUUUGGAUACUUUAGAAGAUUUCUUAAAAGCGAAAGUAGAAGAUAAGGAAUUUUUUACAUUAUUUCAGAAUUAUCAAUAUGUUAAGGCUAUUGAAUUUAUGUCUCUAUUUACAAAAAAUGUAUGCAGAAAGAGUAGAAUUAAACAUAACAAGUAUGGCUAUGAAGUUGAAUUUAAAACAGCAAAAGUUGGCGAGAAGUCUUAUACUUUGAGGAAAUGCUUAAAUGGAAAACCCUUAGCUGUUUCUGAUUGUGAAUUGUCGAAUUAUGGUUAUCCAAAAAGGGUAAAUUUUGUAUGGACUCCUGAAGACGAAUGUUAUCCUUCAAAGACUUACAGAGAAUCAACUGAAAUGUUGAAAAACAUCUCACGGAAGCUAAUUACUGAGGAUAAUGUUGAAAAUAUCACACAAGAGACGGAAAUAAUAGCUAGAAAUAAUGAAUUGAAAUCAUUAGAUAUAUCUUAUAUUUCAAUGAUAAUUGAAAAUAUCAAAGCAUCAAGGAUAAAACCUCCAAUGAAGGCAACAUCAAAUAUAAUAAAAAUCUCCAAUGAAAUCCUUAAAGUUUCUGAAAAUGAGAUAAUGGAUUCUAAUGAUAUAACGCAGUCGAGUACAGUUCUUGUUCAAUCUUUAGAAACAAUUGCAGACAGAACAGUAAUGCCUGAUAAGCGUAAAGGCGUACGAAUGUUUACUCCAAGAAUUUCAAUAGAUAUUUGGGAAGGUAGUAACGCACCUUUCAAUAGUUACGUUGUUAAAAGAAUGAAAGGUGAUGGUCUACUAAGUAAUGAUUCAAUUGUUGCCGAAUGGAAUAAUCACUCUAUCUCGUUGAGUGAUUCUGUUGCAAGUAUUUUCUUUGAAGAAAGUCUUAAACUUGAAGGGAAAUUUCGAGUUGUUACAACUGUUUAUUCAAAUAAGAAGUUCUUCUUAAAAAAGAAUAUGUCCGUAGAGCCAGCUGGAAAGAUUAUCAGUGCUUCAAUUUCAAAUUUUAGAGUACACGAUAUUGAUCCUCCAAUAUGCUCCGUUUUUCUACCAGAUGACAUCGAUUUAUCAACAGUAACUAUGAACAGUCACCCUAGAUGUGUCUACUGGAAUUUCGAGAGAGACGAAUGGUUAUCAGAUGGAUGUAGCUAUAAUAGAACAUAUAAUGGAAGAGUCUUUUGCCAAUGUGAUCAUUUCACCAAUUUUGCGGUACUACUAGAUGUAGAAAGAACUGGCGAUCCCGGACACGAAGCUCUCUCAUAUAUCUCAAUCAUUGGUUUAUCGCUUUCUACAGCUGGAUUGGCUUUUAUUAUCGUCUCUUUCUUUGUUAUUAGAUACUUAAGAACACGGACAAAAAGAAGAAAUUCUCAAAUUGCCUUAUUUAAUUUGGCGUUAGCACUUAUAGCUGUUAACAUAGUGUUUUUAGUUGGAAUAAGAAAAACUGAAAACCGUAAUGGCUGUAUUGCAGUUUCAGCUCUUUUAUACUACUUCUUAUUAUCAUCCUUCUUUUGGAUGUUAGCUGAAGGAGUUAUAACUUAUAUUAACUUUGUUAAAGUAUUUGAUAAUUACAUUUCUAAUUUUAUGCUUAAAUCAUUAGUAUGCUGUUGGGGUAAGAUAAAAAUUAAAUAUGAUCGUUUAUAAGUAAUGAUUGAAAAAUAUCUUUGUUUUAUCAAUAGGUAUACCAGCCGUACCAAUUAUCGUCUUAUCAAUUGUUGAUAGAAAUCUGUUUCUUGGUUUUGAUGAUUUGUAAGGACCUUAUAUUUUUGAUUAUUUUACUUAUACUUUUUGUUUUCAUUCUCUCUUUUUUUUAAUAGCUGUUGGCUUGACACAACACCUUUCUUCUAUGGAUUUCUCCUACCCAUUGCCAUAAUUAUAAUGAUUAACCUUAUCAUUCUAAUUAUGACUUUUUCAUCGUUCUGUAAAAGACCUGGAAAUCUAAGGAGUACUCAAACUAAAGCACAGCGUCAUUUCCUACAUUUAAGAGCUUUUAUCUUCUUCGUAUUUGUUAUGGGAACAACUUGGAUAUUUGGCUUUCUUGCGAUCAGAGACGCUAAAUUUGCUUUUCAAUUAAUAUUUUGCAUAUUAAAUGCUUUUCAAGGAUUUUUCCUAUUUUUGCUAUUUAUAACAAGGGAAAAAAGAGUAAGAGAUGGCUGGAAAAAGUUAUGUGGUUGUAUAAAUAGUAAAGAAACAACAACAACAACGAAUUCCAGCAAUGAGAAGAAAACGAAAAAAAUCUCAGUGGAAACUUCACCGACUGCUGAUAAAAAUUUCUUUGAUUUAUCGAAAAGUUCAGAGGAAAACACAACUUCGAACUCGAAUGAUGCUUGAAUAUUUUAAUUGAUUAAAAUAAUGGUAUUUUUAAAAACUCAGUGUGGGAAAGUCAUUGAUACAUAUGUACUCAUAUAUACCUGUAUAUACUGUAUAUAAUGCCUAUACAGUACGUACAGAUUUAUAUUUAUGCAAAACAGUUUAUUUGCUAGACCAACUGCAUGACAACGUUGUCUAGGCGUUAAAACUGAAUUCAGGGAUUAUUUAAUGAUUGUCGUUUCUGCUUCUUUUGUAUGUGUAUAUAUGUUUGAAUAAUUGAUUCAUUACUUAAAUUACGAAUAUUAAAUAUUGAAGAUCGUCUUCUCUUAUUCUGAUGUCAUAAUUUAUUUUAUGUUGCGAAUGUUUCUAGAUUGCUCAAAUUUAUCGUUUUUGUUUAUCUAAAGAAAUGAAAUAUAAGAGAUUUGUCUAAAAAUUAACCUCAGAAUUAAAUUUCUAACUCAGUUAAACUAUCUAUGAAGUGUAAUAUCCUAAAACUGUUGUAUUUCAGCUUAUCAUUUAGCAGUCAAACAAGAAUUUAUAUGUUGAAGUAUUCUAACCAUUAACCUAUAUCAAACAUCUUUUUAAGAAUGAAGCAUUUUCAGCUCUGAUUUAACUUCUUUUAGUAUUUUUUUUUAAUUUUUUAUAUAUAUCAUAUUCUUUUUCUAUUAUAUUUUUAGAAAAAAGAAGACCAGUGUCUGUGACUCUAUAAACACUACAGAAAUAUAUGCCUAGUCUAUAUUUUUCUUAUUUAAUUGUAUAGUUAUACAUUUUAGCUAUAUCUUAUAAUCAGUAUAAAAUACAUAUGCUAUAUACUCUUUUUAAUAUACAAUAAAUUACUUUAUAUAUUUA